AUGAACUUGCGUGCGCGUGACCACAAAAGAGGAACUCUCUUAAUCCCUAUUUUACUGCUUUUAACUUCGUUAACUCAAGCUCAGGAAAAUUAUGCAUUACCACCUCCAAAUAUUCCCGGAAUACCACAAGAACCAAGUAACAAUACUUAUCCUAAUCCGGAAUAUGCAAGGCUAAUAGCAUAUUCUUUAUAUUUUUACGAAGCGGAGAGAAGUGGAAAAUUACCUGCAGACAACAGAGUAUCAUGGAGACAUGAUUCAGCACUAAACGAUGGUCAAGAUGUCGGUCUUGAUUUAAGUAAA